CGAAGGUGGUGGCUUUCCGGGGCCCGCGGUUCCCCGGCGCAAGCGGAGGUCAGGGUGGCGGGCGCUUAGGCCUCCGCGACCGGAAAUGGCGGCGGACGGCAGGAUGGAGGACGUGAGUGCGGGUUCUGUGGACCUGCUCCAGAGUGUCGACGACGACCCGCUGCUGGACGCCCAGCUUCUCCCCCAGCACGCUCUGCAGGCUUACUUCAGACCCACAUUCCACCCUCUGCCGACAGCAGUCAUGGCGAACCUCCUGUUGUUGGUACAUGUGGUGUUCGCUACCGUAGCGCUCUUAGCAGGUGUGCUCUGCUCUUACCCGGACCCAAACGAGGACAGGUGUCCAGGAAACUACACCAGACCACUGAAAGUUCAGACGGCCAUAAUCCUGGGGAAGGUGGCCCUGUGGAUCCUGCACUUGCUGCUCGAGCGUUACAUCCACUAUCACCACAGCUGCGCCCGGAGCCGAGGCUACCACGAGAUCUGCCGGUCCACGCGGUGCCUGGGGAGACUCGCCCUCGGGGCACACUCCACUGGCAACACACUGCUUCUCCUCCUCCUGUGCGUGCAGCACUCCUUUCCUGAGCCCAGCAGGCUGUACCUGGAGUUCAUGUUGCUCAUCCUGGCCCUGGAACUGGUCUGUUCCCUGGCCUGUCUGCUCCUUUAUGCAGUGAAAAUUAGAAAAUUUAACAAAGCCAAACCACAGCCGGAUGUACUUGAAGAAGAAAAAAUCUACACUUACCCCAGCAAGAUAACCUCUGAGACUGGAUUCAGGACGAUCUCAAGCCUGGAGGAAGUUGUAGAAAAGCAAGGAGACAUCAUCCUGUAUCUGAAGCGACACAAUGCCCUGCUGAGUAAGCGGCUGCUGGCGCUCACCUCCCCAGACCUGGCCUCUCAGCCCCGUACGUGAGAGGCUCACGGGCACGCCUGGCUGCCAGAGUCCAGUGACUUCCAGCUGGCCACCACGCCGCGCCGCGCCAGGGGACCGAGGCCUUUGUUGAGUGGUGUUUACCGUGUGCGCUGGACACCUGAUUCGGCCGCACCUGUGCCGCUGUCCCCUCCCUGAAGCCUGUGGAUCAUGCCAGAAGUCCUGAUGCCUUGAGAAUGGCUGUUUUGUACAUUUUAGAAUUAUUUCAUUCUUUGGCUUUUCUAGAAUCAGUGGUGAAACUUAAGGGCCCUGCAAGCAUUUGGCUGUUUCUGACCUGACAGUCUGCUUUUGGAAGGGUUUUAAACAGAGUUCUUUCUCCUGUCAGGCUGCUGAGAGAAACCACUAAUGCUGGUGGCAGUGCUUCCUCCCGCAGACGCCCACGACGCACCCCUCGUGCUGAGGACGGUGUUGGGUAACAGAUGAGAUCGUAUAGUGUUUUUGUUUGUAAGUGCUGGGGCUCAAACCCAGGGCCUCAGACAUGAUAGGCAGGCACUCGGCCACUGAACCAGCCACUCAUGCAGCUUUUAAAAAGAAUUUCCUAGAAUACAUCGAGUAUGGAAGCCAAAAGAAAGAAUUUCCUAGUGCCAGACAUGGUGGCUCACACCUAUAAUCCCAGCACUUACAGGGUUGAGGUAGAAGGAUCACUGUGAGUUCAAGGCCAGCCUGGUCAGUUUGGGCUAGAUUGAAAACCUGGCACAAAAAAAAGUUUCUUUGAGCCAGACAUGGUGACUCACGCCUGUAGUCCCAGCACUUGGGAGGCUGCGACAGGAGGAUCACCAUGCACUAGAGACCCUGUCUCAAAAAAUAAAAAGUUUUUCCUUCCCAUGGGACCAAGAUCUCCCUAGGGUGUUUACUAUGCAAUCAUACAGAGUUCUGUUUCUCAGAUAAAAUAUGAAGCUGGUUAGAGUCUUUAGUCCCAGCACUUGGGAGGCUGAGAUAGGAGGAUCAUUGUCAGAGGCCAGCCUGGACUGUAAUGAGAAAAACAAACAAAAAUCAAACAUGAAGAUUACCUGAACCUGAUGAUACAUAUUGUUGUUAACACCUUUCAUGGCAAAACAAUUUGUAACUUUCACUUUAUUUUUGCCCUUCCUUGAAUAAGUGGCCAGGCGUGGUGGUGCACGCCUCUAAUUCCAGCACUCGGGAAGCAGAGGUAGGAGGUUUGCUAUGAGUUCAAGGCCCGCCUGAGACUACAUAGUGAAUUCCAGGUCAGCCUGGCCUAGAGUGAGACCCUUCCUCGAACCCCCCCCCCCCGCAAGAAAGUUGCCAUAUAUUUAUGUAUUGGUUAUAUUUUCAUUCAGUCAGUAAAUUUAGUUAACUGGUGUGGUGGUGCACACCUGUAAUCCUGGCACUCAGGAGGCAGAGGCAGGAGGAUUGCUGUAGGUCCAAAGCUAGCCUAGUUUACAUAAUGAGUUCCAGGCUAGCUAAAGCUACAUAGUGAGAUCCUGUCUCCAGAAAACAAGUUUGGUCAUAGGAAUUUCAGAUUUUUACGGCUUAAAAAUUUGUUUAAAUGUAUGUUUAACAAAAAAGGAUACUUUUUAGUUUUGGUUGUGCUUAAACAUUUUGAUGGGGAUGCCAUGGCAAAUUAUAUGUAGAUAUUAAACAUUCUUGAGAUAAAGGUGAAGUAUUUCUCCAUUUUCCCCAGAGUUCCCCUUUCAUUUAUUUAUACUUUUCAGAGCUCAUAAUGAGUAAUUUUAAACAAUAAAUGAAACUAAACUACG